GCCCUAAUGUGUAUAUGCCACUUCCAGCAUUGGGGUGCUGUGACUGUAAGCACCAGUUGAUGGGGUAAAUCAUUGGGAGGAUGUUGUUGAACACAUAUCCUGUUUGUAGUUUUCAGAGGCAGUGUGUGAACAGAAUACUGGUCUGCUCAUGUAUGGCUGUUGUAAGGACCAGGUAGGGUCUCAGCUUGAAAAUGACAUAGAACAUUUCACUUCUUGGUGAAACCAUUGUCUCAUUUUCAGAUAUUUGCUUAUCCCCUGCCCCAGGUUUUUUCUACUCCUUAAGCUUCUCGCCUGCAUAUGGACCAUUUUCCUGUUCAGUCUUCCACACCUCAAACAGCCUUUCCUUUCAUUGCUAAGACCCACAUCUAUGCUGUGGUACUUUUCUAAUGCAGUCAUCUCCUUGCAAAUGCAAUCUCAGUGUGCAUUAAGUGGUUGAAUUAUAGAGUUCAGAACAUUACACUGUACUUUAGCUCAGAUUUUAAGAACUGAAAAGGAAAUAGGGCAUUAAAAACUUUGUAUGAGACAUUCAGAUAGGCUUGCCAUUUAUAUGUUGUUGCUUCUGGAACUAGUUCAGCAUAAAGUUUGAGCCCUCACUUCUUGAAAAUGUGGGAAGCAGUGACCUUGACUUUCAGGUACUUGAGUGUCUCUUUGCUUCUGUAAAGCAAGCUUAACUUGCUUCACCAAAAUGACGAACUACUGUAAGUGCUUUAGGGGGUGACAGUAAAAAUAGCAGGUGUUUCAGACUUUCUGUCUUGAUAAGUUAAAACAAUGCAAAUAAGCUUUUAAGUCUACCAGUUUUUAGCUUAUUUGCUACAAUUCCUUUUCCUAAAAUAGGAACGUUAGUCUAACUGGAUUUUCUCUUCUUUUUCUUAAUCUGUUUUGCAGCUCUCCUAGUGGUCAGCCAUAUGUGGCUUCCAAUGUGGAUUUGACUGGGAGUACUGCAAAUCUGAUGGCAGGGGGUGCAAAAUCCACAGCAGCGUGAAAUUUCCUUAUUUUCCUGGCGCACUUUUACCGGAAUGCCCAAAGAAAAGUACGAUCCACCUGAUCCACGGAGGAUGUACACAAUUAUGUCCUCGGAGGAAGCAGCCAAUGGGAAAAAAUCACACUGGGCAGAGUUGGAAAUAAGUGGGAAAGUGCGCAGUCUAAGUUCAUCGUUGUGGUCACUGACCCACUUGACAGCUUUGCAUCUCAGUGACAACUCCUUAUCCCGUAUUCCUUCAGACAUUGCCAAGCUUCACAAUCUGGUAUAUUUGGACCUGUCCUCUAAUAAAAUCCGCAGUUUGCCAGCAGAACUCGGAAACAUGGUGUCACUCAGGGAACUCCAUUUAAAUAACAACCUGUUACGAGUUCUACCAUUUGAGCUGGGAAAACUGUUUCAAUUACAGACACUGGGUUUGAAAGGGAACCCACUUACACAGGAUAUUCUGAAUCUCUAUCAGGAACCAGACGGAACAAGAAGGCUACUGAAUUACUUGCUUGAUAACCUGGCAGGUACUGCAAAAAGAAUUUCAACAGAACAGCCACCUCCUAGAUCUUGGAUUAUGUUGCAAGAACCAGAUCGAACGAGACCAACAGCUCUGUUCUCUGUCAUGUGCUACAAUGUUCUCUGUGAUAAAUAUGCUACUCGGCAGCUAUAUGGCUAUUGCCCAUCAUGGGCAUUGAACUGGGAAUACAGGAAAAAGGCUAUUAUGCAGGAAAUCUUAAGCUGUAAUGCUGAUAUCAUAAGUCUCCAGGAGGUCGAAACUGAGCAGUACUACAGUUUCUUCUUAGCAGAAUUGAAAGAACGUGGGUACAAUGGAUUCUUUAGUCCGAAAUCUAGAGCUAGGACAAUGUCUGAACAAGAAAGAAAACAUGUUGAUGGCUGUGCAAUAUUUUUCAAGACAGAAAAGUUCACUUUGGUUCAGAAGCAUACUGUUGAAUUCAACCAACUGGCUAUGGCAAACUCAGAAGGAUCUGAAGCAAUGCUGAACAGAGUAAUGACAAAAGAUAACAUUGGAGUUGCUGUGUUGUUAGAGUUACGAAAGGAAUUAAUAGAAAUGUCAUCUGGCAAGCCACACCCUGGAACAGACAAACAGCUUGUCCUUGUAGCAAAUGCACACAUGCACUGGGACCCAGAGUAUUCUGAUGUGAAGCUGGUGCAAACCAUGAUGUUUCUUUCUGAAGUGAAGAACAUAAUUGACAAAGCCUCUCGGAGUCUCAAGCCUGGAAUUUCAGGAGACCAUGCUACAAUUCCACUUGUACUGUGUGCAGAUCUAAAUUCUCUGCCAGAUUCUGGUGUGGUUGAAUAUUUGAGCACUGGUGGCGUGGAAACAAACCACAAAGAUUUUAAGGAACUGAGAUAUAAUGAAAGUCUCACUAACUUCAGUUGUAAUGGGAAAAAUGGGACAACCAAUGGAAGGAUCACUCAUGGUUUCAAGUUGAAGAGUGCCUAUGAGAAUGGCCUAAUGCCUUAUACAAAUUACACAUUUGAUUUCAAGGGUAUUAUUGACUACAUCUUCUACUCUAAACCUCAGCUGAAUAUUCUUGGCAUCCUGGGACCUUUGGAUCAUCAUUGGCUAAUAGAGAACAAUAUAAGUGGCUGUCCACACCCACUCAUUCCUUCUGACCACUUCUCUCUUUUUGCACAACUGGAGCUGGUGCUGCCUUUCCUGCCCCCGGUAAAUGGAAUCCAUCUGCCUGGCAGGAGGUAGUCAAGUACAUUUUAGAGGGCAACCUCAAUCUCAUUUGUAAAAUUGUAAAAUCUGAACAUAGAGGAGUGAGGUAUGGCCAACAGGGAUCUUUCUUAAUGAUCUUAAUUUUAAAUCUAAUUAUUUGAUAAAGAAAUAGUAAAAGCCAGGUGCUAUCAGACACACAAUUCUGAGCCCAACAUGCUUUAUAUACUGUUAGACAGGGAUUGGUGCAUUGGCACCUUUCUUAGGUUUGUUACAAGUAAUCUGUUUGUUCUAUCCAAUGUAAUAUUUCAUGCCUUGAAAAUAGGGAAUUACUAUAAUAAAUUCUCUUUUGCACAGAUACCUGUAGCACUACUUUUUUGAGGCCAGUAGUAAAACAUCAAAAGACCAUUCUUCCAUACUUCACUCCCUUCUUUUUCAGACUUGUUUGUUUGUAUAAUAUAGAAUUUGAAUUUAGCCUUUAUUGAUUGUAUAUGAACAACAGAAAACCUGAUUUAUGAGAUUUUGUACUUUAAAAAAAUCAGAUUUGGAAAAUGAUUGUAUUGUAAACUAAGGCUAAAUUUUUAUCUGUUUCAUGUGUUAUAAAGGCCAGCUUGUAAAAGAAGCUGCAUCAGGCUUUCUCUGCUAAUGAUUUGCACUGUUAGGGUUUUAAGCCCUUAUGUACUACUUCAUUUUUUAAAUUGAGAACACAGCUUUUAAAUUUAAAUUUGAUGAAAUCAUUGCAAAUUUCUUCCAGCUAGCUAACCUACAUGCAUUUCUUUUUUUCUUUUUUGUUUAACUUAAACAACAGAUAAGUGGUUGCAGAUUAGGCUUUUGUGUUGAUAGCUUUUAUUAAAAUAUAUGUUCUAACAUUUUUCUGUCUGAAGUGGAACUGCAGAACAUUAUAUACAGCUUUCUGGUAUCUGUGUUAAGUCAUCCAUUUCCUAGCUCCACUGUGCCUGCUUGAUUUUGUUCUCAAUUAGCACUGCCUGUGCACGCAGAGAGAACCUGUGCAUCCUCUUUUAUUUUUUUAAAUAAUGUUAACAUUUUGUGAAAAUUUUAUGAAGAUACUUUUGUAUAAGCUGUGGCAUCUAUUUUUUUCCUUUGUGAAGUGUUGAAUAUCACUUUUUGAACAUGUUCAGAUGGUGGGUACACAAAUGCUAAGCUUCUGAUACCCAUGCACUGCUUCUUUCAGUGUCAUUGCACAAAGCUGUGUUUGUUUCUCUCCACCCCACCACCAGUGCUAUCAUGUGAAUUCCUUUUCAAUUUAACCAUAUUCCUCAGUCAUUCCUCAGUCAUCAUUCCUUAAAGGUAAAAUGUACCAUUUUCUACUUUAUGAAGCAGUGUAACUAGACAUGUGUUUUCAGUACAGGUUCCCUAGACAACACUUCAGAUCAGUCAUUAAAGUGACCAAGUCCUAUUCUAUAAAGUGUCAACAAAACUAAGGAUAUAGUGUACCCUCCUAGUGCCAUUUGUAUUUGAAAGCCAAGUCUGUGUGUGUCUGUGUGUGUGUGUGUAUACGCACACCCACACACUGUCCUAAAAGGGAAAUUCUUUCUAAUCCUCAGCAAAUAUACCACCAGUAAUAAAUCCAUUUCAUAAUUAGAGAGAGAACUCGGUCAGACUGCUUUUGUUUCAACUGCAGGCAGAGAAACAAAAGCUCACUCUCGAAUUGAGCUGUUCUGAAAAUAAUAAACGUUUUAGAAACUAAAAUGCAUCUUUGUAAUAAUGAUUGAAAAUUUUAUAAAGAGGAAAUUAUCAGCACUUAGAAGUGCUUAAGCAUUUUGUUUUAAAGAGAACAAUAAAUUUGCAAGGAGCUCAUGUUUGAAAAACAUUUUUAAAUUUCAGUAGGAAAAGUCUAGAUCUUGAAUCCUUGUCUAGGACCUGUUUUUUUUUUUCUUUUGUUACUUGUUUUUUAGUUCAAACACCAAACAUGUCCAGUUUAUAAUCAAUACAUCGGAAUGCUGGUAAUAAUUGAUGUAGUAGAUUCAAUGAGUAGUGUUGCUUUUUCUGUUCUUGUUUUUUGGGUUUGGGGUUUAUUUUGUAAAAGUGUGAAUAAAAGGUGUUUUACUCAUGUUUCCUUAACAAUGUGUUGGUAAUGUGCAUCAUGACAAUUUUCAGUGGCAGUGGAGCCAAUUUAGCUUGUCAUAUUCAGCAACCUGUUUUGUUUCCUGAUUACCUUAGUUAUUUAAUAGUAUGUCCAGAAAGCUUUAUGGAAGGGAAGCACUUAUUCAUUUUAUAUUUCUAGGAGGAAUUAAUUCUUCCUUUUUAGCUGGAGCUUGAGUGCACUUGGUAAAUCCUAAAGGUUUAAGCUUUACACAUGCAUUUUCACCUUUCUUUGUUCAGUCUUAAAAUAUCUUUAUAUGAAUUUAUGGCAGCACAUUAAAAGGUUACGAGCCCAUUUAUGUGCUCAAGGACUCUCUUCUUGCCUGAACAUGUUACAAUCUAUGGGCAGCUCAAAUUACUUUUCCAUGUUUGGGAUAAUAAGAUUCUUGAAGAAUGAGAGCUCGGAAAAUAGCAGACUACUUUUGACAUGAAUAGACUUGGUCAGAUACUACAAUAAUGAACUGAAUCUCAAUCUGAGGAAAUAGUCUGCAUCUUUGCAGAAUGAUAUAAGCUGCACCAAAUGUGUCUGGCAGUAGAUUUCACUAAAGUAAUACUUUUAAAAUUCCUGCAUCACACAAAUUCAGACAUUUCAUAAAUGAAUGCAAUAAACUCUCUGUCUUCACAAAAUGAUAAUUUUCAAUAACCUUAACACUUUAUUUACUUAAGGUGGCUUUGGAUGUUGCCAUAAUAUAUGUUCCUUGUUUCUUAUUUAACAUACUUGCAUCUUUUCAAGAGAGCAUAAAGCAUUGCUGAGCAGUAUGAGGCUCCUUCACCCCAUCUCCAGUUGAAACCAACUAGGUAUUUCUCUAGCAACAAUCAGAUAUGGAAAACAUCUCCUGAUCACCUGUGUAUUUUUAAUAAUGUGCAUUAAUUCAAUUAAGGUGGCAUUUAAUAGGGAAAUAUAAAAUAUUAUAGAUUAUGGGGUUUUAAGAUCGAAGAGAAACGUCUCUAGGAAAUGUGUGUAAUUAUUUUGUCCCUCUUUAUGGGUUUAAAACAUUCAAGUCUCAGCUGUGAAGCUAACCCAUUCAGGAUGCAGACGUGACACCCAGUGAUAAUAAAACUCUUUUAAAACUAUAUAAAUUCUGCUAUGGCUAACAUGUAUAAUAGUAGGUUCAAAUGUCAAGUCCUCACUUCAUCCAAGGGGCGAAGAAUUCAAAGACAAAAUAAUUGCACUACAAUUUUCAACAAAAAUAAUCACUCUGCACAUUUUACAAGUCAAAUUGACAGCUUACAUAGUGAGUCUGUUUUUCCCAUCCAGCCUGACACAGUAUUUUAGUAUAUGUUAACUCCUGCUAUACUUUUUGGUUGUGUAUGCUUUUUUAAAAUGUAGGUAUCUUGGUAUGUUUAAGUAGUGUCUAAAACUUAGAUUACCUAGUCUCUCUUCACAGUACUUCUGUAUAACGUGUAAUGCACUGGACUAACUCUUGUUUACCAUAUGUGUAACAAAAAAAACAAAAAAAAAAACCAGCACAUCAUCUGCACUAAGCUCAAAGAAUGUUGCAUUUGUCUAUAGGCAGCUCUUCAAUAUGAUAAAUGGGAAAUUGAAUAUGGUCUGAUGGUAAACAAGGGCUUUUACUGUUCUCUUCAGUGGAACUUUCUUCUUGGUCAAAUUUUAACUAGCUAGUAUUAUAUUUAUAUACAGGGUUGUCUUUUUUUUCUUUACCAAUGUAUUUUCCUACUCAUAGCUGACCAAUAAAUUCAAUAUCUGUUUCAAAUCUC